AUGUGUUCGGCACCAGUCGGAUCUAGUUGUUGCAACAAUUGCCCGUCAUUCCCAUUCUUCGAUCCAUGUGUCGGUGGCGAUAAAACAUAUUCUCUACCUCUGUGGUUCGGUCCCUCAGCAUACAUCGAGUGCAAUCAAGCUGCACAACAAUUGGCAACGAUCGAUAUCUGUUCUCAAAAUCAAAUUUGGUUGAAACGUUCGAAGCGUUGCGGAACAUGUGAAGAAGCAUUGCUCGAUGGACUAUCACCAAGUGUUGGACCAUGUUGUCCCUAUGCAUGCGCUACAAGUUCUGGAUGUGAACAACUAGCUUUAUUAAAACUUCUAUGCACACUGAUGUUGAUCGCUACAAGGGAUCACAUUGCACGUGCAGUACCUCAAUAUUGUUUACCCGAUCACUGUGUCUGA